AUGACACGUGUGGAGGCUUAUGAGAUUGAUACACUGCUCGGAAGUCUUCAAGACUGUGGCAGCCAUGAGAGAACGGAGCAGGCGCUAUCUAUUUUGAAUUCAGCUGCCGUGCACUCUUUUGCUGCGCUAUCUGUGGAAUCCAUGGGGCAUUUGCACAAUAUUGCCAAGCUGACACCGGCCAGGCGCUACUACCCGGAAAGUGAGCGCUGCAUGCAGGUAGUGGACUGGUCGACGAACUUGGGAUUUCUCGCUCAGCACAACAGCUACUAUGCUGAAGUUCAGGCGCUCUUCAACAGACAUGACUCUUUACAGAUAUUUAAUACAGCGCAACACACGUUCACGCCACGUUUACCUGCUAUGGACCAUAACUUGCUGGACCGGGACGUGAAUCGGUCGUCGACGGUUCGCAUUUCUGGAUUUGGAGCAGAAGGUUUUAACACAGAUAAGGAUCGUUGCUACGCCGGACGGGGCCAGUGGCAAGAUUCUCUCGCAGCGAAGCGCACGUUCGAAAUCACAAGGGCUUUACUGCGUGCCCGCGCACAGCCGUGCAGCGAGAUAAGACCGGAUCUCGUGGCACACAUGUGGAAGUACCUGCAGGAUUCACACGUCGCCCGCCAGACAGAUACCCCGCGCACGAAGUUAGAAUAUGACGCUGAAUGGUUCAUUGAGUCAAAAGAAUUUAUCUCUGAAGACUGGCUCAGCAUCCAUCACUAUCUGAGCCAUGGUGGAACCUCGGUGAAUGGCAGCGACAUCGCUAUGUGGCUUGCGACGCUGGCAUUCUCAGAACAUUCUGAUAUGACAGUUCUGCAGAUCCUCGCUGGCUUCCACAACAACCCUUCAAUGGCUUCCAUUACGUUACCCACAGCCUACAGAUUCGACAUCGGACGAGGGUUCGAAGUCGAUGAAAACGAGCUUCGCGCCGCGAUUCGUGCUGCGGCACACCCCAUUGAACAUUGUCCGCCUCUUCACAUCGUACAGCAUCAUCAAGAAAGCUACGAAACUUUUAGACGGAGGCAGCUGAAGCAGUUGGAAAAAGCUGCGGCCCCGUUUUGUGAAGAUAUCCAAGAGCGGCUGAAGCGCCAGUGGUUAUGCGAAGUGCCGCACUUGCCGACGACAUUGGCAGCGGAAGCAUAUUUCAACAUGUCACAGGUGAUGAGCACUGCAAAAGGGCUCUUUAAAAAUUGGUAUGACAACCAUCGAUUCCGGCAGUACCUCGAAGAAAUAGCACGCCAGAUAAAUCGUGACACAUUGCCGCAACAGAUGGAUUCUCCCUGCUGCGCAGUGGAAAAAUGGGCGCAAGAAGGACGACAGCGCUUCGUCAACUCCUCUGCCAUUUUUGGUCAUGCUGCUCCAACUCUGGAGCCAUUCCAAUCACUUGAUCUACGGUCGCACUUGCAUCCUCGCGUCGUGUCUGGAAAAACAGAACCUGCCGUGAUGUCCCUCGUCGCUCGCCUGGAGGCUAUCGCAGGUUGCCCGUACGAAAAGGAAGCCAAGUUGAUUGCGGAGAUCCAAAAUCCAGGACAUAAGAGUUGGAGCCCGGGAGAUCACCCCGAGUGGCUGCUGCUGGAGGUGGAGAAUAAUAUUCUCAUACGAGAGGUCCAGCACCGAAUGGCACAGCACAUGAGUGCGCCGGCAUCGGGCCAAAACGAAAUCAUGCAGCUGAUCAUGGGCGGCGGGAAGUCUUCCGUGAUAGUGCCGAUGCUCGCCUCCGCUCUGGCCGACGGGACCCGGCUGACGCGCGUCAUAGUCGCCAAGCCGCAAGCCAAGCAGAUGUUUUCAAUGCUGGUGGCAAAGCUUGGACGCCUGCUAGAUCGACGCAUCUACCUCAUGCCCUUUUCCCGGUCAGUUCGGGUAGACGGCGCCAGCAUGGAGGUCAUCCAGCGUCUCUAUAGCCACUGCAUGGCCACGGGCGGCGUCCUCCUAGUCCAGCCGGAGCAUAUACUCUCUUUCCAACUGAUGACGAUAGAGAAACAAAUAUCCGGCGCGAUUGAAGGACGCCUCAUGUUAGAAACCUUGCAAUUUCUCCAACGAAACUCUCGCGACAUCAUAGAUGAAAGCGACGAAAUUCUCAGCGUCAAAUACGAGCUCGUCUACACUAUGGGCACGCAGCGCUCCAUCGACCAUGCACCGGCCCGUUGGAUUGUUAUCUCCGAAGUGCUCGAUGUGGUUAAGAGAUGCAUCCCGGCAGUACAGGCACGCUUCCCAGAGGGAGUAGAAGUAUAUCCUGGACACCGUGGCUCCUUUCCCCGAACACGUAUUUUACAAUACGAGGCUUUUGUUGAGCUGUCUUGUCACGUUGCUGAGAGCAUCUGCAAGAAGGGGCUGAGUGGGUUUUCGAUUGCGCACCAGUCUGAGGCGGUCCGGGCCGCGGUAUGCCUCUACAUUAGCAAACCGCACCUGGCACAAGAUGAACGUGAUUACGUGGAACUGCACAGCGGAUUCAUGACCGAUGAAACAAGAGAUACGCUGCUGUUGCUGCGAGGUCUCAUGGCGCUAGGCAUCUUAUCGUUCAUUCUCGAAAAGAAGCGUUGGAGGGUGGAUUACGGUCUUGAUCCCCUUCGGCAGCGCCCGACACGGAUGGCCGUGCCGUUUCGUGCCAAAGAUCUUCCUUCUGAUAGAUCAGACUUUAGUCACCCAGAUGUAGUCAUUGCGUUUACCUCGCUCAGCUAUUAUUAUGAGGGGCUCUCGGACGAUGAUUUGGUCCUAAGUAUAAGCCAUCUGCAGGUUUCCGACCAGGCAGAUGUGGAGUAUCAAGAUUGGGUCAAAGACGCAGAGGAUUUACCCUCUUCACUCCAUCAGCUUGUGAGCAUCAAUUUAGAGGACCGUCAGUCUUGUAGAUGA